AUGAAUUUAAAUAAAAAAUCUCUAAUUAUAAACCAAUGGUUGCCAAAACACUUUGUUCAACAAGGUGAACGUUUACAAUAUUUAUGUGAAACGGAUAAUAACAAGAAAUUAAUCGAUCAAAGUUUUGAAUUGAUAAUAUGGAUUAUUCAUCGUUACGAUGGCACAGAUGAAAUCAUAAAUCAAACCGAAUUAAUUAUCGAAUCAUUUAAUAUUAAUCAUGAAGGUAUUUAUAUUUGUCAAGUACGAAAGGAAAAUAAAAUUGUUGAUGAAAAGUAUUUUAUUUUAACAAAUGAUCCAACAGAGUUAAUUAAUCUUGAAUUUGAAGGUUAUGGUCAAACAUUAACAGGUUACAAUUUUAAUGGUCCACUAUGCGGUCCAGAUCGUACAAUUCAGUACAAAAAAGCAGACAUUGAAAGUUUUCAUAUUCAGUUUGUACAACAUUAUGAACGUAUUGUACAAAAAACACGACGAUUACAAAUACAUGAUGUAGGACAUGAGAACGAAGGACAUUACGAGUGUGUCGUUCGAUUAAAAAAUGAUCUCAUUGGUAUAAGAGUUUUUUUUCUCACUGUUGGUGGUGGGCCACGUCGAGUUCCAAUGCGUGAAACACAUUUCUAUGCCGACGUUGGUGAUCAGACAACGUUAUUGUGUCCAAUCUAUACCGAUACAUUGUCACAAUUUGCAUUUACUGUACCCAAUGAACAAUCACUUGAAAACGAUAAUUAUUCACCUCAGAUUGGUCAGGAUUAUUUACGUAUUCAAUAUACAAAUCAAUCCAAUAAUGGUGUCUACAUUUGUGAUGUAAAUACUAUGGAAGGGAGACCUGUUUCAUUACAGCAAAACAUUGAAUUAGAAGUAUUCGAUGCACCCUACUAUAUUGAACCUUUGCAAACCGAAUACAUUGUUUUACAAGUUGAGAAAAAUAUUGUCAAUAUUGUGAAAUGUUCAAUUGGAGGUAACCCAAAUCCAACUUUUAUCUGGUAUGAUGGUAUUAUUGUUAAUCAACCAGAUUCUAGAAAACCAUUAGCAUUCACGAAUGAAUAUCAAUAUAUACCAAAUGAAAUGUAUACACGAAACAAUCGUACAGUUACAUGCAUUGCUACAAACAAUCGUGGAAGUAAAAAACAAAUAUUCAUACUACAGUACAUAAAGAAUGAAAGGGAUUGA